AUGUUGAUUUCUAAGCCAAUUAACUCCCAAAACCAACAGUUACCUGCAAAAACUACAUGCACAACUGUUUCUGCAACAACUGCACAUGAAACGGUUCCUGCAGAAACUCCACGUGCAACAACUCUACGUCCAGCAAUCCCACGUGCAACAUAUUCACGUGCAACUGUUCCUGGAGCAACUACACGUGCUGCUGUUUCUGCAACAACUCCAUGUGCAACUGCUUCUACAGUACCCCAACUUGCAACACUUCUAGCGACUCCACUUACAACUAUUCCUGCAGUAACUCCAUUUGCAACUGUUCCAGUAACUGCUCCUUCAGCAGCUUCAACAGUUAUUCCAUCAGUAAAUGCCCCUCAAACUUCACCAGUAAUUGUUCCAGUACCAACAAUAAAUCCUGGUUCAGUAAUUUCUGCAUCUCUUCCCUCCUAUCAUCCGCUGGUACUGAAAGAAGCAAGGAAAGAGGAAGCAAAAGACAUCGAAAGGAAAAUUGUACAAUCUUUAAAAAAGAAAAAAUGUUUUCGUUGUAAAGUGUGUAAAAAUUUGAUUACUGGACCAGACGCUGAACAUAUGUAUGAAGAACACGUAAAAAAAUGUGUUAAAUCAAACAUCUUUGAAUGCACAAUUUGUUAUAAAAGAUUCAACCAUAAUCGUGGUCUCAGAACUCAUUUGAGAAACACACAUUUGGUUUUUGACUAAAUGACAAACAAAAUAACUGUACCUAUUAAAAUUAUGAUAUUCCACGUCUUCGCAUUGAAAGUGUUUAUCCUUUUAUUUUUAUUUCAACUAAGACAUGGAUAUUAUAUCUGAAACUUAUAAUACUAUUAAAUAAAUAAAUAUAACCAAUUUUUAACUGACAUGUUUGAUAUAAUUAUAAUUAACACAUUUAGUAUAGUACCUACUUAUAGUUUGACUUUUUUCAUAAUUUUAUUCAUCACUCAUUAUUCAUUAUUGGUUUGCUUGUACAUCUUACAUAUAGUUAUUGCGUAGAAUUAAAAUGGUUUAUUUACAUCAGACAUUUAGCUAAAGUAUAGUUCCUUUGUUUUAGAAGUAGUUAAGUUAGUUGUCUUGGUUAUUAAAAAAGGAAGUUUUUUUUAAUUUGAUAAAACCUUAUCUUAAACGGUUUAACUAAAUAUAAAAGUUGUGUCUAGUACUUAUUGAAUUUGUUUAUAAUUUAAAAAUAAAUUAUGUUAGUAAUUCAUAAUUAAAUGUGUUGCUUACUUGAAUGUCUUUUUUUUUUUGUAAUAAUUUUAAGAACAUUCAACUGAAAAACUGCCCUUACUGCAGUUGAUAUUAUACCUUCAGCAAUUAAUAUUUAUUUAUCAAUAAAAACUUUUUGACCAUUUUGUCAAUUUUGACUAUAAAACAUUUAUAUAUUGUAUAUUAUUUUUAAACGUAUGUUUUAGUAACUUAUUGUUAUAGGCAUUAACAAAAAUGACUAGGAAAUAUAAUAAUAUUAAUUCUUACAUAAAUCUUUUGCAAAACCUGCAAUUUUACUACAGUCCAUCUCAACAAAAUAGAUUCUAUAUUAUAGAUAAUGAAAAAUUAUUAUUAUUGUUAUUAAUUACACAUAACAUAAUCAAGACUAUGUUGUUUAAAUUGUUUCAUAAUAAUUUGUAUUUUUAAUUUAUGAUACAUAUUCCUAAUCAUAAUGGCUUUAUAAUUAUUAUGUCUACUAAAUAUUUACUCAAUUUUUGAUAUUUUGCUGGAAUUUUUCUAAUUAUUAUUAUUAUUUUUUAUUUUUUAGUUGAUUUUAGCUAUAUAUCUUAUAAUGUAUUAUAUUAUAUUAUCAUUAGUAUUUAAUUACUGUUAAUAUUUUCACGCACAAAAUUAAAAUAUUUAUAAUAUCACAUAUUAUAGUAACUAUUUAAACUUGUAUCUGAAAUUAUAAUAAUAUAUUCAGACCAUAAUAUUAAAUAUUACUCAACUAUAUAAUUUUAUGUAGUCAUAUCUUUUGUAUUAACCUUAAUUUUCUUUUUAAUACUUUAAUUAAUUUGUUGUACUAUAUUACUGUAUAUCUUAAAGCAGCGUCUAAACAUAAACCCUUAAUAAGAUGUCACACGACCAAUAUUUGAAGAAUAGGUAGACAAUUUUAACUGAAAUUAAGAAAGAAUGAAAAUUUCUCAACUCAAAAAUGUAAUAAUUAAUUUUUAAAUUUAUUAAGUUAUAUAUUUAAACAAAUUUAAAAGUGAUCCACUAUAUUAUUAUCAGAAUAUUGUUUAUUUUGUAAUCGUGGAAUAAGGUAGAAUGCUUAUAGGAAAACCAUUACGUGUGGGAUAACUUCUUACUCUUUCUGAAUUUAUAGAAGUGCUACCAAAAUUUCAGAACAUAUAGGGAAGAACUUUGUUUAUAUUGUAGCAUGCUUAUUUUCGUUAAUAGCAUUAACAAAUUUUACCCAUUGAUUUUUAAUCAGUCAUUGAAAAUAUAAAAAACAAAAAACAAAACUGAAUGUUUACAAAUCUGGAUUUAAUAAUAAUAUUUAUCUCAAGGAAACAAAUAAGCAUAGUACGACGCAAACGAAGUUCUUCUUUACGUGUUGUGCAAUUUAAAUAGAUCUAUAAAUAUGGGGUAAGAAAAAUAUUGUCUAGCAUAAAAUAGUUUUUACAAUCGAAUUACAGUUGGUGUGGCAUCAUCUUAAUGCUAUAUUAUAUAAAUGUAAUGCAUUAUUAAAUGUACACUUCACCGUAAUGUCGUGUUUUUUUAUGUAAACUAACUAAUUUUGUUCGUCUAUCUAUUAUUAUACAGAUAGAACGACGACGUUGUUUUGGCUGGAAAAAUUGAACGAAGCUGUAAAAUCGGACCCAUCCGUUUGCCCUGGACGUUGCGGUCGUAAAUUUGGAGGUCAAAAUCGGAAAGCUAAUCUUAAAUAUCACUUGAUUAAACAUUGUGGCAAAAUUUUCAAUUGUCCAAUAUGUACGAAAACAUUUGUGAAAGAAUCAAAUUUGAAAUACCACUUGGGAUCAGUUCAUAAAAUUGUACUAUCAUAAUUUUGAAAACUGACAUUGUUAUUACAAUUUUAUUACACUUUUAUACUGUAUUGAUUUUAAUCUGUUACACUGCAGUGGUUCUCGAUCUUUUUUGUAUGACAACACCCAUAUUUAGAUCCAUAGAAAUGACACAUACAAUGCUCACAACACGAUGAUAAUGACUGAGGAAACUUAUUUACGUACAAAUAAACAACUUUUUUGACGAUACUCAACACAGUAAUACGUGACACACAAGUUGAGAAUCACUGUAGUUACAGUAUAGUCACUAAAUAUUUUGUUAAUAAUUACAUAGUAAAUAAGUUUUAUUACUUACCUUUUAUACCUAUUUAAAGUUUGUAUACAUAUUUUUAAAUAAAUAAAAUAACAAUAAUGGAAUAGAUGUAACACUACUUUAAAAAAAAAAAAAUAAAACUUAAAAUGUAUUUGUUUAUGAAGAUAUUUCAAUUGUUGCAUAUUUAUAAUAUUUUAAAAUUGUAUUUAUAAUUUAUAUAAUUAAUAUGCACAUUAUAAAUCUAACAAUUCAUUAGAGGUAAAUAAACUUUUUAUCAGUCAAUAGUUUUUUUACUUGUACUAUUUGCAUAAAAUAACCGCAGAACCUUAAAAUCAACAAAUGUCUACGUAUAUUGUAUAUUUAAAAAAAAAAAUGUUUUUUCAUGGUACCUAUAGUUAAAAUAUUGAUAGUGAUAAUUAUUAAAAAUAAUUAUUUAUUGUUUUGGAUUUUAAUCGGAGUUCUGAAAUAAGAAAAUUACCGUCUGCAGGCAGUAAUAAAGCAUUAUAUUAUCAUUUUUUUUUUUACAAAUUAAUUUUAGCACUUCCCUCAGUAAUAUACUUAUUACAAUAAAGCUCUCGAUUGAAAAAUAUUAACAACAUCUAAACUGGCUUUACAUUACAAUUUUUAUUUGAAUGGGGUUGUUUAUAAUAAUAAUUAUGUACUUACCUAUAUUAUGUUAUAUUAUUAUUAUUUUUUUUUUUUUUUUAUUAUUAUUAAUAUCUGUUUUUACGUUAUGUUUAUUUUCAGAUUUUAUGUUAAAAAGAACCGACAUGUGGGCGUGCAAAGACAAUCCGGUGUACUGUCCGAAAAACUGCGGCCGAUGUUACAAGGGCAUGUGGCGCAAAUACAACUUGCAAAAACAUUUAAAAUACGAGUGCGGUGUGGCACCGCAAUUCAAAUGCUUGGCGUGUUCGAAAAGUUUCUCGUUAAAAGCUAAUUUAAAAAUGCACAUGCUAGUCGUUCAUAAAAUAAUAUUGGGCUCUACCCCGUUAUAAUAAACGCGUUUGUCACAUUAUAUGUUCGCAUUCUAAAAUGUACAUUAUAAUCACAAAAUGUUCACGUUUUUAGUCUAUAGUGCCAUAUAAAUAUAUAUAUAUAUAUAUAUAUAUGUAGUGUUCUGUUUAUCCCGGUGGCGCCUAAAACGGUUUCGUCAAUAUGGUAUUAUAUAAUCUGCGUGUAGUUACUUCACCAAUUUUUGGCGUCAUUCUUUUAUACCUAUUACCAAUGUUUUAUGUUAUAUUGUUUUCAUAAUUUUAUUUUCGAAUAUUUAAUAUGUGUAUGUGUAUUAAAAAGAGCAAAAUAUUAUUAAUUUGUGUAACUCGAUUAUUGUUUCGUAUAAAAUAUUGUUAUAAUCUCGUAUUAUUUUUUGAAUAUAAUAUAUAUUAAUUUUAUAAAAUAUAUAGGGAUGAAAUAUGUAUAAUUAUUACCAUUACCCCGACACUUACUAGUAUAGAAAUUAAACUCAAUAAUAUUAUUCUACAUUAUAAGUAACGUCAUGCGAUAAUAUUAUAAUACAAGGUGAUCAACAUAACGUAGAGACUCAGAAAGUGUUAACUUUUUUCGUAAUUUGUUUUUAAAACAAUUUUAGAAGCAAGCAUCUCUAAAACCAUUACCCACUUUUGAAUUUCAAUUAACAAUCUAUAUUAAAAAUUCCAUUUAACGAGAUAAUCCACUUUCAAGUAUGAGUAGGGGAGAGUAGCGAUACAAUGGCGGCUAUACAAAUUAUUCUCCACUACUAUCUUCCUAUCGUAAACUUCUUAGUGGAAUACUCGUCAACGGAUUAACGGAAAUUAGAAAUUUCAACAUGAAAAUAUCUUCAAACUACAAUUUUAUAUAUUUUUGGAAUUUUUAAUAUUCAUAAAAAAUUUGUGUGAUUUCACCCCCCUCCCCCUCCCCAAAAAAAAAAAAAUAAAUAAAUAAAUAAUAAUAAUAAACUUUAUUAGCUCGCUUCUUAAAUUUUGUAAAAAACUGAUUUAAAAAAAAGUUAAUACUUUCUGAGAUAAUCGGUGUCUUAUGUUAUGUUGAUCACCUUGUAUAAAAUUGAAUUUUUUUAUGAUAUUAACGGUUUCGUUGUUACCAUAGUUACCGUAUACAUUAUUUUAUGUAGAUUUUCCGAUUAUAGCCGGAUUACAACAUUAAGUAUUCUAUUGAAAAAUAAUUUCAAAAAAUAACGCAUCCUUUUUUCGAAUUUGUCGUGUGAUUUUGAACGAUGACGCGAAUAAAAACGAACAAAAAUAUCGCAAGCUUAAAAAAUGAUGUUUAUCUAUACUCUCCUUUUUAACCCAUAUAAUAUUAUGAAGUUAAAUAAAAUGUUGUUUAUGUAGUUAAAUUAGUAUAAAUCUAAUAGCGAUUAUUAUUUAUAACCAUAUAUAUAAUAUGUAUAUUAUCAUAUUAUAGUUCGAUGUACAAGUUUUACUUGAAUAAAACAUAAUUGUAUAAACUAUACGCAUAAAAUGGUAGAAAAAAAGUUUAAUAAUUUGACAAGUUUCAGAAAUUUGUAUUUUUCAACUUCUCAUUGUAUCCAGUUAGGUCUAUAAUCUAUGCAAUACAUUUAGUUAUACUGUUCUUCUAUAGGUACACCUAUACUCUCAAAAAAAGUUUUUCUGUCAUUGUUUGUAUAAUUCACUACCAAUUUAUAUCUUACAGAAUUGUCUCUUUUCAGUUUGCAACUCUUUAAAUCGUCUACCAUCUCUGCAUCCUCAUCAACCAUUGUAUUCUUUGUCUAUAUAUGUAUGUAUGUAGCCUACUAACAAAACAUGUUGUUCAUAUCAUACAGCUCUCCGAUGAACCUUCUUCACCAAUCCACGUAUUUUAUUUUUAAAAGUUCUCAACCUUUUCUUUGUAGAUGUAGAGCUACAUUUAAUAAAAAUAUAUAUAUAUAUAUAUAUAUAUGUAUAUAUAAUUUACACGUUAUAAUAUCCCAUUUCGAGGGUACCCUGACGCAGAAAUUUAGUGAGUAUAUUUUAUACUAAUAAGCGAAUUGUGUGACGUCUAAUACUCGUAUUAAAAGAUUAUUUAUAAUAUUUAUAAAAACAGAGUUUUAAAUUUGUAUGUACGUUUUUUUUUUUUAUAAAUAUUUUGUUUCUCAAAACAUUUGAGUUCGAUUUCCGCAGGGCGAGCGUUCGUUUGGCUUAAAAAAAAGGUUAUUGUUUCAAUUAACACGUAUUGUGAUUACAGAUGAAAAUAAUAUAUUACUACGACUUGUGGACCAGGCCAUAACUUGCGACCCGGCAUAUUGUCCGAACAAAUGCGGCAGAUUUUACAAAGGUCAGCAUCGUAAAAUAAAUCUCCGUCGACACGUAUUCGAGUGCGGCGUCCUGCCGAGAUUUCCGUGUUACGCCUGUAAGAAACGGUUUUUCCGGAGGUAUCAACUAAAACUUCACUUGAACAAUGUACACAAAUACCUUGUUCCGGCCAACAACGAUGUAAAUUGUUACAAAAAUUAUGUUUUUCAGUGACGUUUUCAAAAAGUAGAAUAUAAGUGAAUUAUAAGUGAAUCUUGAGUUAACAUUAUUAUGCUAUUAUUAUUUAUUAUAUAUCAUGUUUUAGCGAUUUAUAUACAUUAUUAUUGUUAUUUUUUUUUCAAGAACAUCAUUUAAAGUUGUAGAUAACGAAAGUAGGUAAUAGAAAGAGAAUACGAAAUGUAAAAUUUAUCGAAUUGUAUUAUACAAUUUUUCGUUUUUUUAUAAUAUUUUUAUACGAAUGUUGUUUAUGUUAAUUUUCCAAAGUUUAUUGAAAAUAUAUUAUAUUUUAUGGUAUUAGGAGUAUUAAAACUAACAUCUGUUUUUCCUGUCUAUCUCUCUCGUAAAGCAUAACAACAAAAACAUUCCAGACUUCUACGAUUGCGAUUCUUUGGUUAAGUUUAGGACAAAUGGACAUAUUAUACUAUACAUUUUAUAAAGAAGAAUAUUUACUUAGGAUACCAAUCAUUUUAUUAUUGUUGUUGUUGUUUUUAUUAUUAUUAUUGUUAUUUAGAUAGGUAUGCGUGUUUUAAUUUUACUUAAUUUCUCUGAAUUCGUACUAUUACUUAUUACUUAUUAAUUACUUAUUAAAAUAAUUAUACGUAUAUCAGACAUAAUAAAUAAUCUUUUUAUUUAAAAGCAUAAUAGAUAUAGGUCUUUUUGCCUCUAACCUCAAUCAGAUAGUCGCAAUUGAGAUAGAAAUGCGGGGAAUGCCUUUGUUACUAUAUUAUACGUGAGGCAGAGAUGGAAAAAACAAAUGUUGAUAUAGAGUACUCUUCUCUAAAUACAAUUUGUAAAACUUGAAAAUAUUGAUAAAACAACGAAAUUAUUGAAUUAGUGCAUAAUAUAUGAUAUUUGAGUAUUUAGAAUAAAUUAAAUUAUUUAUUUAACUGUUUUAUUAACUGUUAUUUAAACAUAUUUUUUGCUAGUAUAGAUAAUUAAAAAGGGAUGCUGCAAUUAAUAAGAGUUUACAUAGUGCCUAUGGAGGCAGCUCCAUAGGCAUUUGAUAAACAGUCGCUUUAAUAUAAAUAUAUUUUUAAGAUGACCGAAAUAAAUAUAAAAUCUACGUGUUUUACAAAAUAUAAAAGUAACAAAAGAACCAAAACCUGCAGGUUUUCAACUGCAAUGCAAAUCAUAACAAAGUGUAAAUUAGGUUAUUGAUUUAGGAAAAUAUAAUUAAUUAUUAUUAGCUUUUAGCGAGUGUAUAUGCACCUACAAUAAUUUGUGUAUAAACUUCAGUAUAAAAAUUUUAAAAUUCAUAUUUAUGUCGAAUUCAAUCAGUUUUAUUUUUAUUGUAAUCGAUUUUGCAAAAUAUGCCGUUUUAUUCAACCUUAAAUUAUUUUUAAAGUGUUUUUUUUUAGAGUAUUUUAUUUGACUAAAUGCUUUAACUCUUGUCAAUUAGAUGCUAAUUUCAAUUUGAUUAUGUUUACAGAUAUAUCGGCGAACUUGUAAGUAGUAAUGUGCCCAAGAUGCACUCAGCCUUAUAAUGGACCGUGGCAAAAACAUAUUUUAAGCCGACAUAUGAAAUACAAUUGUGGCGUGGAGCCUAAGUUCACGUGUGCAAUAUGUUUAAGAAAGUUUAACAGAAACAAAAACUUGAAACGACAUUUAGCGUUGGUGCAUGAGAUAAUAUAUAUAUAUCUAACAAUUGUUACUAGGCACUUCGGUUUGUUUUAUAAUCCGGCAGAAUUGUUUAAAUCCAAUUUUACGUUUUGCUGAUUUAUGAAACAUUGGACCUAACAAAUAUCUUUUGACUAUAUAAUUUCUAGGGCUGUGAAUUUAAUGCAAUGAAAAAUUUUAAAAAUACAAUAAAAUAUGCAUUUAAAGUCUCAAAAAUGCAAUUCGAAAUUCACUUAAAAUGGUUCUUCAUUUAAUUUUUAUAUUUAUUUUGAUAUUACUGAAUAAAAUAUAAAUUUGACGUAUGUACAGACUGUGUAAAACAAAACAAAUGAGUGUAAAUAUUUUAAUUGACGAAAUUUGAUUAAAAGUACCGACGAAUAAAUGAAAAGGGAAAAUAUGACUUCAAGUCCUAAAAAUGACCUUGAACAUUAAAUCCGUCAAAAAAUGUAAAAAACUGCAAAUUAAAAGUUUUAUAGAUGAAUUUGUUGUUCCAUGAUUCAAAUUAUGUACUUAGAAAGCUACGUUUCACAAUCGGUUAAAAAAAUACACUUUCCUACAAAUUCAUAGUCCUAGUAAUUAUUUUACUUAUAUGUAUUAAACAUGUAUUAAACUCUAUUAAAUCAAAAUGUACGUUACGAUUUUUUCUUUUUUAUUCAAAGUAUCUACCUAAGGACAUUAUACUUGUGUUAAAAUUCAAUUUAAUUACAUUUACAGAUAUUUUGGCGAAUUUAGUUGAAAUAUUGAAAUCUGAUCCAGCCGUGUACCCGGAUUGCGAUCGUCAAUAUAGUGGACCUGGGUGAAAAGGUAGUUUAAAACAACAUUUGAAACUGGAGUGUGGCGUGUCACCCAUGUUCUCGUAUACGAUAUGUUCCAGAAGAUUUAUUAGAAACGAAAGCGUAAAACAAUAUUUAAUAUUGGUGUAUAGGACUUUAAAUAACAGAGUAUAUUAAUGAUUUAAAUUUGUUGUCAAUAACAACGAUUAGUUUUUCGAGAACGCCACACCUUUUUUCGUCUUACAAAUGCAUGACAUACACAAAUUUUGGUUAAGUAGGGUUAAUUAUUUUGUGCUAUUAGUUUUGUUAUUGCAGUGAAUUUACUUAUUACUAGAUUAAAAGAUAAGAUCAAGCACUUGGCUCAUUUUAAGCUAACUAUGAAUGUGUAAAAUAUCAAAAUUUAAAAAUGAUUACAUUGUUUGGCUUAAAAAUUUAAAUUUCCAUAAACAAUUUUUGUAGUUGUAUAAAUGAUUUUCUUGUCUUCGAGUCUCUUAAUAGGUCAAUUUACUUCAAUAUUAAAAUGAAUAACUUAAAAUUAGCCGUGCGUAACACAAAUUCGCUGUCGUACGUUUAUAAGGCGGACAGUAUAAUAUGUGAAUCUGGCUUUCUCUUAAAAGUUAAUAAAAUUAUACUAGUGGUCUAUUAUUAAUUUAAUUAAAUGAUUUAAGAUUUAGUGAAUUAUGAAAUUUUGUAACAAAUUUUUUUUGAAAUGAAUGUAUACUACUUGUAUUAACUAUGUAUAUUAUACUAAAUUAAUUAUUCUUUGUUUUUAGUUUGUUAAAGUACUAUCUAAUCAAUAAUUGCCAACACCUAUGUAAUUUAUAACCAUUCGUGUAUUUUGUAUGCAUAUUGUGGAAAUACGUUUUAAAAAAUAUUCCAAACAGCUUAGAUACGCUGCUGUUUAACAGAUUUCGUGUUUAUUGUUUAUAAAUUACACACAGAAUUAUUCACUAGGCGUGUUCACCAUAUUUUUUUUUUUAAAUUUUGCAUAUAUACAAAUUUUUAUUUUUGGAAUUUUUAAGUGUAGUUAAAGUCGAUAUUUUCGAAUACUUAGAUUUUUCACAACAAUUAUCGAGUAUCUUGUGACAGUAUUAAUUUUUUAAAUGUGAACCUAUAUUAAAAAAUACAUACGUAGAUGGAGCAUUAGUUUAAAUACACUUUAGUGUUUACAUAUUUCAUUUCCAUCAAUCUGUUGCCAAGAUAUUCAACUUUUAGUUUAGGUAAAGAGAGGGUUGUGGAGUAUUAUUUGUGUGGUGACAUGGCGCGUGACGUUUUAUUAGUGCUCGAAAAUAUCAGCCAAAAGUCCAAAAAUCAUAAUUUGACUAUAUACAAAAUUUAACCCAAAAAAUGGGAUUAGCACGCUUAUUGAAUCAUUCUGUACAACUUUUUAAUAAUUCUCAUGCUCUAUUAUGUUAUUCUUACUGAACGAAUUGGCUUUAAUUUAACCGUUUGUUAAUAUUCAUUUUGAUUAUACUUUCACAGAUAUAUUGAAGAAUAGUACGAACAAUUUACCUGACCCGAUCUGGUGUUUUAAUAAAUGCGGUCGAUAUUAUAGCGGACAAAAACGAAAAUGUAGUUUACAAAAACAUUUAAAACUGGAGUGUGGCGUGGUGCCAAAGUUCUCGUGUGAAAUUUGUCGUAAACGAUUUACUAGAAAUGAAGGCUUAAAACGACAUUUAGAAUUUGUGCAUAAAAAAUAUUAUAAAUUUCCAACAAACAACCAAUAAAACGUUAUUCGAGAAGAGUGAUUUUGUAUUUUUUUUGGUUUUUUUGAAGUGGCCAAAACUGAACUAUUCGUUAUAUUUUCAUGUUUGUCAACAAUUAUAAUUGGGAUAAUACAAUCGAUUUUACUGUACAUCCAUAACGAGUAUUAUUCAAUUAAUCAUUAAAUAUUAAAUACACUAUUUUUCAUUCAAGUUACCACUACUAUACAACUAUACAACUCAGUUUGUAACUUGCAACCUUUGUUUCAAUCAUUUUAAUAGGUGUUUCCAAAAUGACCGUUUCUCUUUAGUAAUAGUUAAAGGAUUUAGUUUUUGUUUUCUGUUGCGUAAAUCCUUUAUUUAUAUAAUAUGUUUAAUGUACUUGUAUAUUAUACAGAUGUCCCACGGAGAUUUAUCCAUUGUAACAUCCUCUGGAGAUAAUAAAGAUAAUCAAAUUCUAUUUUUUUUUUUAUUUUUAAAUUACUCACUAGAAUGAGAACUACAAAUAUUUGUUACAAUUCAUUUUUUUUGUUUUGGUAAAAAUCAACAAAAUAAUUUUUUAUUUUGUUAUUUUUGAAAAAUUGUAAGAUUAACUUUUUAUUUUCAUUAAAUUUGUAAUUUUUAAUAAUUUCAGAGAGAAAAAAGUGUUUAAUCAAUUAACCAUAAGAAUAAUAAUUAAUUAGAGAAUAUGAUUACAACCUCCUGCUUAUGUAUAGGUACUUUUCUUUUAACUUUAAAAAAUUAUUACAAAUCACAAAUUUAAUAAAAAGUAAUUUUUUUAAUUUGUUUACCAAACAUAAAAAUAUAAUUUAUACAUGAAUAUUUGUAAUCCUUAUCCCUGAGAAUAAUAUAAAAAAACAGAAUCAGGUCAUUUUUAUUAUCUCAGGAGACAUUGCAAUAGAUAGUUUUUCGUGGGUAUGCUAUAUUUAUUAUUCGGUGUAUUUGAAUAAUUUUGUUUUUUUAUUAAUAUUAAAUUUGAUUACGUUUACAGAUUAUUCGGGGAACUUAAUAGGAGUACCGGAAUCCAACCCAGUCAUGUGUCCAAAUAAUUGCGGUCGAUGUUAUAGCGGAAAAAACCGAAAAAAUAAUCUUAAAAAACAUUUAAAACUAGAGUGCGGCGUGGCACCUAAGUUCUCGUGUAGAAUAUGUUGGAGACGAUUUACUAGAAACGAAGGUCUUAAACGACAUUUGAUAAUGGUGCAUAAAACGUUUCUUAAUUUAUAAUUUAUUAUUCCAGAAGUGAUAUUUUUUUUUUAUUUUUUUUUUUUUAAAGCGGACAAAACUGUUUUUUUCUUGUUGAUCAUUAAUUGAAAUUUGUAUAAUAAAACCUACUUUAGUAUUAUAGGUCGUAGAAAUAUUGUAUUGUGUCUAAUAAAUCCAAUAAAUUUAUGAAUAUUUAAUCAAUUGAUAGUUUUUCAACUAAAUCUACUAUUACACAAAUAUUCACGGGGUUAAAUAUUUUGACUGCGUCUAACUUGUACCUUUAUUUCAUCGGUUUUAAACUUAACCUCUAACAGUCUUUACAGUUAGAAAAAGAAAGAAAGUAUCGGUGUCCAAUCCUAUAUGCUCACAGACUUUUCAUUACCCAUUUUAAAAAAAUCCGUCAAGCCGAAACGAAUUUUAACUGGGGUGAUACUGAAAAAGAGUUAUACAUUUUGGCAACACGAAUCCAAGGACUUAUUUCGGAUUCACCUAGCGGCAGACUGUUACAGCUCGGAUGCAUUGUUCAAUGUUCAUGUUUGUUGUUUUCCUGUUUGUCAUUUACAAUCAAUAAUUAAAUUGAAAUUUGAUUUUCUAAUAACACGAGUCAUACUGGUUUUUGAAAUUUAAUAAAAUUGUUCAAGGUUUAAACUUUACGUAAUAGAUACUGGUCACUCAGUUUAUACAUUUUUACAUUUCUUUCAAAUAUACUUAAAAUACCUACUUAAUAAUUUGAUUGUUACAAUAAGAUGUUGGGAAAUUUAUCAUUGCGUUGUUAUACUAUUUAAAAUAUUUAAUUUAUUUUCGUUUUUAUGCAAUUAAUGUCAUUGAUACAACGACUCCGUUUACAAAUUUUAUAUUAGAAAUCUUCAAACAUUAACAAACCCCUGUGACUAAAUAAUUUCGAUCGUUAUUAUAGUGAAAUUGAGAAAAAUACUUUAAGACAACAUUUUAAGUACGAGUAUGACGUAAAACUUAUGUUUUCGAGUGGUUAACAUGUUAGUUUAAAAUAAUUUUUUAGGAAUAGAACCUUAAAAUCACUUUUAGGAGCGGUAAUAAAAUACUAAGUUACUGCUUGAUAUCACAUUUUAAUAUUUUCUGGUUUGUUAAUUAUUGAAAUAAAACUAUAUUUAAUAUCAAAAUGUAUGUUGAAUUCAAAAAAUACAUACAAAUUAUAUAUUACUGUUUAUACUAUUCUAUAUAUAUAUAAGUUUUUACAAUUUAUAUACGCCUGCAAUCAAAAAAAGUCGUUUUAAAAAUUUGUUUGUUAUGAAUUUGAUAAAAUUUACUAAAUAGUUAAUGCAUUUAUAAAAUAUUUUAGUCAUUAAAUAUAAUUUAAAUUUUGAAAAAAUGUUUUCGAUAUUUCACAUAUACUUUCUUUAUUGACGAGACAAAAUAUAUACUUUGCUAAACGUAAAACUCAUGAUUAGGCUAUUUAACGGAUUAUAUUUUUUUUUUUAAACAUAAAAUAAUUUUCAUAGUCUUGUGUGCUAUUUUUGUAAAAAAUAUUUGCCCAAAUCAACUACAUAUAUACUUGUUAAAAUCUAUUUGAUUAUGUCUACAUAUAAACUAAAAUAUAACUGAUAAUAUGCAAUACUUACCUGAUAGUCUGGUGUUCAAACAAUUGAUUUCGAUAUUAUAUUAUAAUAGAAAGAGAAGAAAAACUACUUUAAAACAAAAUUUGAAAUUCGAGUGUGGUGUUGAGUCUAGUUCCCGUGUGUGAUGUUUCAGAUAAUUUCUUAGAAAAACACACUUAAAAGCACAUUUAAAAUGGGUGCUUAAAACAUUUGAUAAUUUUAAUUUAAUUUUCAUUAACAUCAAACGAACAAUAUUUUUUUUAUUUUUUUAAGUGAUUUUUUUAUUAACGUAUAAUAGUUAGGUAAUUCAUAAAAUGUUAUCUAAUAAUUACAGUAUUUUACUGUAUCAUUUUUUGAAUCUGUUUGAUUGUAUUUUAUAAAACUUAUACCUUUCAUGCAUACAUUAUAAUACGUGAAUAUCAUAGCAUCCAUACGAUCGAUAAAACCUAUAAUAUAACACCAUUUUAUUCGAAACGUUACUAUUCAAUUUGUUAAAAUUUGUAUUAUACUUCAUUUUUGCUAUUUAACUUAUUACAUUUGCUUAUACUUUAUGUAUACAUUUUUUGGUUAUAACCGAUUAAUUUUGUUCAUUUUGAUUUGGAUUAUGAUUACGUUACAGGUUUAUCGGGAAGUCUUCAAACAUUAUCCGACCCAGUCAUGUGUCCAAAUAAUUGCGGUCGUUAUUAUAGUGGAAAACGACGGAAAGAUACUUUAAGGCAACAUUUGAAACUAGAGUGUGGUGUAGAUCCCAUGUUCUCAUGUAAAAUAUGUUUAAGAAAAUUUACUAGGAACGCAAGCUUAAUAAACCAUUUAGGAACGGUGCAUAAAACAUUUAAUAAUUGUAUUCAAUGAUUGCAAUGUAAUGCCCAUAAACUCUAAAAAACAACUUUCUUUCAAUACUUGUACAUAAGUUGCACAGAUUUAUUAAUAUUAUGUUUCUUAAUUUAUAUUGUAUAUUAUAUGAUACUCUAGAGUUUAUAAGACGUCUUUUUCGGGUAGACUUUAAAUACACAUAACCGAAUAUCAUCUAUUCGGUAUAAUAUGUUCUAUACUCGGUCAUUUGUAGUGUUACAACACUCUUUACUGUAUUGAUCGGCAUGCUAUCGAUACAAAUACUUGCCAAAAAAAUGUAGCCCGCUAUUGCUACUUUAUUUUUAUUGAAGUUUAUGGUCAUAUGCAUGUAAUUAAUGUAGUAUAGUAUUUUAACUCAUUCAUAAAGUGGUUUUCAUUUCUAUUAGGUACACGAAAAUAGUAAAAUUGUGUCAAAUUUAAACAAAGCAUGAAGUACAGCUGAUAUGGCAUAACAGUCACGUUAAUAAUAUGGUACAGUUCUACUACUUUUAGCAACAUGUUAUUUGAAUAUGUAUUAUUUUUAAAUUACUACACUAUUAAAUGCGUUUUUCUUAUCAUAGACCAGGAAGGACCUACUUCAUUCAAAAUAAUAUACAAAAUGUAUUUAAAUGGUUUUCAUUUUUCGCUACAUGGAAAUUAUUACAUCGUGCUAUGUUGUGUCACUCAAUUGUAUUUCUGGUAGGGUCCCUACAAAUAACGUGCUACUCCUGACCACUGCUCUUUGGAAAAUGUACCAUUCUUUUUUUAUGCUAUUUUUUUAUACUUAAUAUUUAAAUAACUGCUAUAACUAAACAUACUUGUUUACAAAUAUUUUGAUUACGUUUACAGGUUUAUUGGGAAGCCUUCAAACAUUACCCAACCCGGUUAUGUGUCCAAAUAAUUGCGGUCGGUAUUACAGCGGACCGUGGCGAAAAAGUAGUUUAAAAAAACAUUUGAAACUUGAGUGUGGUGUGGAGCCCAUGUUCUCGUGUGCAAUAUGUUCAAAAAGAUUUACUAGGAACACAACUUUAAAACAACAUUUAGGAACGGUGCAUAGAACAUUGAAUAAUUGUAUUUAAAAUUAAUUUGUAUGCCGAUAAUCGUUAAACUAACAGGUUUUUUUUUUCAAUAACAUUGAAGUUACGUUGAUAAUUUAUAUUUUAAAAUUGCAAAGUAUUUUUAAUGUGUAUUUAAAUUAUUAUACUCUGAAAUUAUAAGUUUUUCUGGAGCAUACUUUCUUUACUUAAUACAUAAAAUUAGUUCCAUCCAGGGUAAGCUGUUUAAAACAAAUAAUUGGUUUUAAACCUUAGAAAAUAAAAAUAGCCCUAAAUCCUAUACAAUCCUAAUAGCUAAAUCCCCUGUAGCUAGGUAAUCCUUCAAAGUUAAAUAUUAGUUAUGAUAGUUAAAUUUAAAAAUGUGUUGCAUUUUUUAAAAACUUUUUUAAUACAAUAAAAAAAAGUAAAAAAAUUUAUGUUUGAAAAAAAUAAAAUAUUUGCUCAUGUAUUAUUUAUAAUCUAUGUGUUAUAAUUUUUCAUAAACUUGAAUAUAAGUUAAGCAGUGAGUGUUACGCUUUUGGAGAGCACUAUUCUGUUUUUAUGUUGUAGUUAACACAUUUAAUUUGUUUAUGGUUUAUAUUAAAUGCCUUUGUUGCAACUGAAUAAAAUUAUUUAUACCGAUUUCGUUUACUGAAGUAUUAUUAAAUAUUAUACAUUUAUCAAACAUGUCGUGACUCACGGAAAGAGAAAUAAAACUGGAGUAUGGUAUUAAGCCUAUGUUAUCGUGUGCGAUAUGUUUAAAACAAUUUCUUAAAAACACACAAUUAAAAGCCUAUUUAUAAAACGGGUGCAUAAAAAAUUUAAUAAUUUUAAUUUAAUUUUCAUUAGAAUUAAACAAACAAUAUAUGUAUAUAUUUUUCAUAUUCCAAUAACGUAUAAGUUGCGCUAAUUUAUAAAAUAUAAUCUAAUAUUUCACAGGAUAAUAAAGUUGAUAGUAUUUUAUUUUGAGUCUUUUCGAUUACAUUUUAUACCUAUCAUGUAUAUUGUAUACAGUGUGUCCCAUCGUGCUCGAGGGACACACCGAUUUGGAGAAAAAUUAAACUUUUAUAUUCAUCCCCUAAAAUUUUCAAAAAUUUUCAAAAUAGCUAUUUUGUAAGAAAUAUUAUUAUUAUAACUUUGAUGUAUCACAUAUUCAUAUCCGAUGAAUAACUUCUUAGUUAGAGUCGUUUUAAUUAAGCGUGAAAACAAUUAAUAUUCAAUAAAAUAACACGUUAUGCGAUAAGAAAUUAAAAUCAGCAUGGUAAUUCUUUACCUUCUAUUGAAUAUUAAUUGUUUACUCCUAUUUUCUAGAAACUAAAAAAGGCUAUUAUUAAUCGGAUAUGAAUGUAUGAUACAUCAAAAUUUUUAGAAUAAAUUUUUUUACAAUAUAGAUAUUUUGAAAAUCAAUAAAGUUUUUUUUUUCUUGUGUGUGUGUGUGUGUGUGUUUAGGAGAUGAAAAUAAAAAUUUAAUUUUUCUGCAAAUCGAAGUCCCUCUCUAAAACAAACCGAAUGAAAAUCAAAAAAAAUCGAACACAAUUUAAUAUUAACAGCGUUAGAAAAAUCCGUCGAACACGGUGGGAUACUCUGUAUGUUGAAGAGUGCCGUGCGUGGGUGGGUCAGUGUCGUCUUGCCGGGUAGGUAUCCCGAGCUCGGUGUUCAAAUGUAUAAAUAUAUUAGAAUUUUGUUAUAUACCGACCGCGCACACCAUUAGUUAUUAAGUAAAUUAGUUUAUGUUAGUUUUAAUGUUUUUAUCGCGAAUGAUAGAAGUUUUGUUCAGUAACGUUGGGCGAUGACCCGACUAAACCAUUGCUGUUCGUUUUCCUCCGUCCGUCAAUAUCGGCGGCUCGUAUAGCCGCCGAUAUUGUUUGGCUCGUAUAGCCACUUUAUAUUAUAAAAAUGUUACCUGAGUCGCGUUACCUAGGUAUGCAGCUAGCCAGUCUGCGCUCCGUGUAUUAACUGUGAGUAAUUUUGUAUUAUAAUUUAUUAAUAUAGUUGUGUCUUGUGUGUUAUUUUGGUAACACCGUAUUUAUAUACCUACUAUUAAUUGUGGCUCAACAAGGGCUGAUUUAAUUAUUACUUAUUGAAUAUUGUUUGUAUUGUAGUGAAUUAUUAUAAUUUUUAUUUCUGUACAUUUACCUUCCAAAAACACAAAAAUACUAAAUAGUUACUAAUAAUUGUGUUACCGCUAAUUUCCCUUAGUACCUAUAGGUUUGAGAACACACUUGACACCCAUUACACAUUAGUACUUACUAGUCUUGCUCGGUAAUCCCGUUCACUUCUUUUGGGUCGCUACAUACAUAUUUACGCAUCAAGUAGACGGGUCGACCGGUAGGUAUUUUUGCACGCAGAAUAUAGGUACGGUGUCCGGGUAAGGCGAACUAUUAUUAUUUGUACCAAGCCCAUACAGUGUAGUUAAUACACUAUAUAGCGACAAUCGAUGUAACCUAUAACACCAUAUUAGUCGAAGUGUUAAAAUUCGAUACCACCAGUUUUUAUUUAAUUUAUUUCAUUUGCUUUUAUUGUGUGUAUAAAUUCUUUGGGUGUAACUGAUUAUUAUUGUUCACAUCGAUUUUAAUUAUGAUUACGUUACAGGUUUAUGGGGACAUCGUCAAAUAUUACCCGAUCCGAUCAUGUGUCCAAAUGAUUGCGGUCGUUAUUAUCGCGGAAGGAGACGAAAAUCGACUUUAAAAGAACACUUGGCACGGUGUUAUGGGGUGAAACCUGUUUUCAGGUGUAGAAUUUGUUUAAGCAAGUUUUCUAACAACGAAGACUUAAUAAACCAUUUAGGAAUGGCGCAUGAAACAUUUUAAGAAUUAUGUUCAAUGAUUGCAAUGUAUUACCAAUAAAUGUUAAAUAAGUACCUAACAUCAUUUCAUUUUAUUAUUUUUUUUUUUCUAUAACAUUUAAUAUGUUUAUAACUAGCUCUAAUUUAUAAACUAUGUAACAUUUUACUAUUAUAUUCUACUAGAUAUUGAACUAUACAGUGAGUUUUAAAGUAUUUUUGUAAUACUAAUACUUAAUUUAACUAAUACCUAUUAAAUAUACGUACGUUGAAAUAUACCACAACCUCGAUUUUUUGUAGUGUCACAAUAUGCUUUGUAAAAUUUACUAUUCUGUUUUUAUGCUAUAGUUGGGAAAUUAUUCAUUUUUUUUUAUUAUUAUUAUUCGUAUUCAAUUCCGUUGCUACAACUGAAUAAAAAUAUUUACACAAAUUAUAUCGAUUUCGAUUUUUUUUACAGAUCAAUCUGAGUAUCCUAAAGAAUUACCCGACCCACUCAUGUGUCCAAAUGAUUGCGGUCGUUAUUAUCGUGGAAAGAGGCGAAAAUCUACUUUAAAAGAACACUUGACACGGUGUUUUAAGGUGAAGCCUAUUUUCACGUGUGCAAUAUGUUUAAACAAAUUUAAUACAAACACAAACUUAAAACAACAUUUAGUUACAGUGCAUCAAACAUUUUAUAAUUAUAGGCCUUGUAUGCCAUAGUGAGUAAGUAUUGCUAAUAAAUGUAAACAAACAUUUUUAUUUUUAAUUCUUUAAUUUUUUUUUUCAAUGAUUUUUCAAUGUUACAGAUAAUUUUUUUUAAAUCUUUUAAUCACCUACUAUUGUAAUUUUUUUUUUUCUUUAUAAGCUAUAACAUGUGCUGAUUUAUAAAAUAAAUUAUAUUUUAGAGUAUUAUACUAUAUUUUGAAUUAUAAAUUGAGUUUAGAAGUCUUUUUUUGAGUACUUAAUUUACCUAAUAUCAAUCUUUUAUGCGUUAUAAUAAUAUGGUUUAACUUCAAUUAUUUGUAGUGUCAUAAUACAUUUUAGGUUGUGUACCAUUUUGUUGUUAUGCUACAGUAUACAAAUUUAAUAAUUUUUUAUAAUAUAAUUCUUUAACUACAUCUGAAUGACGUUUUUAUAAUAAUUAUAUCUAUUUCGUUUUCGUUUUCGUUUACAGGUUUAUCAGGAAGUCUUCAAACAUUACCUGACCCUGUCAUGUGUUCAAAUAAUUGCGGUCGUUAUUAUAGUGGAUCGUAUCGAAAAAUUACUUUAAAAAGACAUUUGAAAUUGGAAUGUGGUGUAGAACCUAUGUUUUCGUGUGUAAUAUGUUUAAAAAAAUUUGCUAGGAACUCAAACUUAAAACAACAUUUAGGAACGGUGCAUAAAGUAUUUUAUAAUUGUAUUCAAUAAUAGCCAUGUAUUUCACAUACACGUUAAAUGAGCCGCUUUUAUUAUUUUUUUUGUUUAGAUUCUGAAUUAUGACAUAACUUCAAUUUGAUUUGUGUAAGCCAUACGAAAUAAAUAAAUAGAUAACUUCAAUAUUAUUUGUACUCUCAUAAUCCGUUUUAGAAAUAUGUACCGUUAUUUUUUAUUAUACUACAGUUAACCCAUUCAACAGAUAAUAUGAUAUCAUUUUUUUACUGUAACUAAAUAACGUUGUUUAUAAUAAUUAUAUCAAAUUCGUUUAUAUAUUGGAAACUCGUCAAUUACUCGACCCUGACAUGUGUCCAAAUAAUCGCGGUCGUUACUAUAGUGGACUAUUUCGAAAAAUCAUUUUAAAAAGACUUUUGAAACUGGAAUGUGGGAGUAUAAGUAUAAGAAAAUUCACUAGAAGUGCAAACUUAAAACUACAUUUAUGACUGGUGCAUCAAAUUUUAUUUUUGAAUGAUUGAAAUAUUAUCAAUAAAUGCUAAUCAAGGACACUGUUUUUUAUUUGUUUUUUUAUUUAUUAUUUUUUGAGAGAAAAUAAUUGUCCCGGUACUUUAUUAUUUUCUUGAUUACCUUUUACCGAAUUAUAACGCAAUUUUAUAACAUAGGUAGUCACAGUGGCGGAUUUUCAACAUUUUUAUAGGAGGAUAUCCUAAAAAAUCAUAUGUAUAUUUCAAAGGUAUAUUUAAGUUAAUUUUUUUUAGACGACAGUUUAUUGAAAUUCUAUCGGUGUCUGGGGGUUUAAACAGGGCUGGCGUUCUAUGUUCGCGACCAGGUCCUACGUCCAGGGUGCCUGCUGUAAGGGCGGGGGGCGCCUCAACAAUAAUAACUGUGUUAUAUGUUGUAAAACAUUGACAAUACACGAGUGGACAUGAUUAUAUAUAGAAAGGAAUGUAUAAUAUAAAUUCAAAUAGCAAUAUUGAGAUUGGUGACAUAGAAAAUAGCUAAUAAUAAUAUUCCUUAUAUUUGGAAUGCAGCGAGAGAUUUAUUGGUUUUACUAUAGGUAGUGUGCGUUUUUAUUUUUUUAUGUAAACAUGUUAACAACUUUUCUGAAAUGGAAUUUUAUCUAAUUGGUGCAUUAAAGAGGUUAUUUUUUGAUUUUCCAAGGUGUUUUUAAAAUAAUUGGGAAAAACCGGAAAGAAAAUUAUAGGUAAAACGGCAAAUAUUUCGGCUCGCCGGGGCGUUACUGAUUUCAUUGUUUUUCAUUUGUGCAAUGACGAUUGAUUUGGUUAUUUUUAAUGUUUAACCACUAACAGAGAUAGCGUAUUUUGAUAUCUAAAGUAGUUUUCAUAGUAAUGGGAAAAUCCAAAAAAGAUGAGAAUAAGAUUUUUUUGGCGCAAAGAUUUUAUUAUUUAAAAUUUGUAAGAUUAUAUUAUUUUUCUACCAGAAAUCUUUUUUCAAAUAACAAGAAUAGGAUAUUUUAUGAAAAAAAUGUUGUCUAAUUUAUGAGUAAGAAAGUCCUUAUUUGAUUAGCUGUAUUGUUUUUCUAAUAAUUACGAAUAACUUAUGGUACAAACUAUAUGCUUGACUCUUAAAUUUUAAUACACAGUAACCGCCAUUUUAUCAUGUUUUAAUAUUACUGGUAUCACUAUUAAAUUAUGCAUUUUUUCUUUUCAAAUUGAUUCACAUUUCAAUAAUAAAUUUCCAAAAUGUACAAAACAACUUACUUAGUAAUUAUUUUAUUUAAUAUGUAUUAUUAUAUUUGUAUAUUAUUGAAUAUGGUUUUAGAAUUAUUUUACUAAUAAUCUGUCAUAAUAAAUGUAUUGUUAUUAUUAUCUAUUAUUAUACGGUGACCGUGUUUACUACUAGUUUUACUAGUUUAUACUAGAAAUAUUAUACCAUAUUAUACUACUAGAAAAUAAAUUAAGGAAAAUAUAAUAAUGAAUAAUAUAUUUAAAUGUUUGUUAUUACUUUAUUAUAAUGUAAAACAUGACUGGUUUUAUAAUUUGUAAAUUGUAGAUGCGUCUUGUUACACAUUAUUUAUUUUAAUAUUUGAGCAAAGCGAGAACACUUUUUUUGUAACUAAAUAUUUGUUUAAUAAAAGCUGCCCACUUAAUCUGAGUUUAGGCAUAAUAUAUAUAUAUAUAUAUUAUGUAGGUACUUAUUAACCAAUACACCACUAAUGUUUUACAUUAUACUAUUUUUUAAAUUUAAUAGUCUUCCAAUAUUAUAAACUAUCUUCUGCAUUACUUUUGGGCUUUCAGUACUGAAAUAUAUAAUUUUGUUUGUAUGUCAUUACUGUAUACUAAUCUAUUAAGGCAUACCUGUCGUCCAUCAUACGCUUUAGAACAAGGUUUUAAAAAUGUACCUACCAUUGUGUUUUCAUGCUAUAGCAAACACAUUUAAUUGGUGCACUUUAUAUAAGUAGUCGUUAUACAAUUCCUUUUUUGCAACCGAAUAAUAUUUAUAAUAUUUAUACUGAUUUUGGUUUAAUUUAUAGGUUUAUCGGGAACUAUUCAAACAUUACCUGACCCGAUCAUGUGUCCAAAUAAUUGUGGUCGUUAUUACAGUGGACGGAGGCGAAAAAACACUUUGAAUCAACAUUUGAAACUGGAAUGUGGAGUGGAGCCUAGGUUCUCGUGUGCAAUUUGUUUAAGAAAAUUCACUAGAAGUGCAAACUUAACAUACCAUUUAAUAUCUGUGCAUAAAACAACUAAACAUAUUUAAUAAUGGCAAUGCCUUUAAAUGUUGAACAACAUAUUUUUCUAGGUAUUUUUUUCAAUUUCAUACAAGAUGUCUAAAUUUAUAAAAUAGGUUAUAUUUUUCAGUGUAUACUAUAUAUUAAACUAAACACCGAGUGUUAAAAAUAUUUUUUGAGUUUACUCUAUUUACCCAAUAUCACGUACAAAUAUGCAUAACCUUAAUCAUUUGUAGUAAUGCAAUAUACUAGGGAAAAUAUUCUAUUUGGUUUUUAGACUAAAGUUCAUAUUUCAUUUGUUUACACUAUUUAUUGUUCAUAUUAUAUCAUACCUUUUCGGCAACUGAAUAACAUUAUUAUUAUCGAUUUUGAAUUCGUUUACAGAAUCAUCGAGGUUCUAUAAUUUUCAAACAUUACUGAAGUAGUAAAAAAAAAAAAAAAAAUGAAAAUUAGCGACUAUUAAGGCGUAUAAAACAAUGAAUUAUGUUGUGAGUAGUACAUUGAUUUAGUUUAAAAAACCGUUAGAAUUUUAAUAGUGUGGCAUUAUUUUUGGUUUUGCUAUUAAAUCUUAAGCAAAACUCACAAUUAAAUAUAAUAAUUAUUCAACUGGUUUUCGUGAUUUAUAGAAUAAUGCAAUAAAUACAUUUUUAUUGUUGUGUGGUAGUAUGUUUUGCGAAAUCCCACUUUGGUGCUAAAUAAUUUUGUUUAUUUAUAAUUUAAAAUAAUAAGCUUUCUUACGUUUAUUGUAUCGAUUUUUUUUAUUUUUAUUUAGACCAUUUGCUUUAUUUGUAUUUUUUUGAAUUUGAAAAUAUUUUUCUUCAUUACUUUCACAGAUCUAUUGGUAAACAAUUUUGAUAUAUCUGAAGCCAAUCCCGUUACUACGCCUAUAUGUGCCCUAAUAGCGGUUGUUAUAAUAAUGGACUACAGCGAAAUAGUAGAUUAAAAUGACAUUCGAAAUUGGUGCAUAUAACAUAUAACUUUCCAACAAACGCUCAAUAAAUAUUAAUCAAUUAUAACACGAUUCGUUUUAUAAAAAUUGGCCAUGAUUUUUAUGGUGCUUUAUUAUAUUUGUGUUUAUAACUUAUUGAAUUAAAACAUAAGUUAUCAUAAAUAUCGAAUUAAUUGUUGCAAAUAUUAAAUGAAUCGAUACAUAUUCAAUCAGUUGUUGAGUCGAUUCACACCUACUACCUACAUUACAACUUUAUAAUUAAUAAUAGGUUAUAUUUACAAUCGCUGUUAUACUUAUUUUUAUUUUCAUAGGUGUUGGAAAAGUACAGUUUCGCUUUACUGCCAAUUACAUUUUUAAUGUUGCUUUUUUCGUCAUUCAGAGUGUUAAUGUUUUUAGUUAUAGCAUUUUUUAAUAUCUAUUUUAAUUACGUUUACAGAUAUUUGGGCAAAUUUUGUUGAAAUGUCGGAAUCUGACCCGAUCUUGUGCCCGAAUUGUGGUCGUCAUUAUAGUGGACCUGUGCGAAAAAGGAGUUUAAAAAAACAUUUGAAACUAGAGUGUGGCGUUGAACCUAUGUUUUUAUGCACGAUAUGUUCAAAAAGAUUCACUAGAAAUGAGAGCUUAAAGCGACAUUUAGUACUGGUUCAUAAAACACUUUAUAAUUAUACAAUAAACGAUCAAUAAAUACUAUUCGAUAAGUUUUAUAAAUAGCGGACAUGAUUUUCCUGGUACUCGAUUAUUUUCCUAUUUGUAAUUUAUUGAAUUUAAAAGACUUGUAUAUAACACAAGUUAUCAUGAAUGUCGAAAUAUCGUAACAUAUAUAAUAAAAUUGAUAAAUAUUUAAUCAAUUAUUUUCGUUGAAAAUGUAUUGGUGUUCUACAUUAUAAGUAUUAUACUUAUAAAUUAUAACCGUUGUUUAUUUGUGUUAUAAUAGGUGUUGGAAAAGUACCGUUCCGUUUUAGUACUACUUAUUAAACCUAUAAUUUUGUUCACAUUAAGUUAUUUCUUUUUUUAAUAUCAAAUUGAAUUACGAUCACAGCUAAUUUAGCGAACUAAGAAAAAAUAUCGGAACCCAAUUUAGUCAUGUGUCCAAAUAAUUUCUUUGGACUGAGACGACAUUCUACAUUUUUUUACAUCGAUUUCGAUUACGUUUAUAAGUUUAUCGAGAAAUCUUGAAACAUUAUCCAACUGGCUAACGUGUUCAAAUAUUUGAUAUCAUUAUUAUAGGAGUUAAAGUGAAUAAACACUUUAAAACAAUAUUUGAAGCUAGGGUGUGUAAUGAGUACUUUGGCAUGGGUGGAGUACAGGGGUAGACUCAGUAGAGGAAGGGAGACUAAUGAACGGAAAAAUCAAUUCGGGUCGAUAAGAUCAUUUUAUGAUGUGGACUGGUAUGAAUACCUAAAAACAAUUUAUUUUAAAAAUUUUGAUAAUGAUAAUUGUAUUUUUAUAUCAAAUUUAGAAGUUUAUAUCAAUAUUGCUGUACUUAUACUGUAGUUUCUAACCUCCAAAGAGACCUAUAAUAAAGCCAAAAAUUGAGUUUAUUGCUGUACAAAUAUAUACCUUAAUGUAUGCUAUUUAAUAACAUCAAUUUCGUCUUAAAUUAAGAUUGAAAUGUCGAUUGAUAUAAGCGAGUUACAUUUUGUGGUUAAAGCUAAAAAAUAUAAAAAAUAUAUUGUUUUUUAAGCCACUCAAAUACUCCUGAGUACUUUACCCGUGCGGAAGUACACCCAGUCCAUCCCCGGUGGGGUAAAACCUUAUAUAUAUAUAUAAGCGGUCAUAAUUGUUUACGUUUCUUAAUAUUUAACUGUUUUUUAUUGACCAAAACUUAAUUGUAUAGCUUCAGUCGUUACGUAUGUUGAAAUAUUAUAACAAAUAUUAAAUAGGUAAUUAUUAUUGUUUUAUAGAUUUUGUCGAAAAAUAUGUCCAUUGCAUCGAUAAUUUUUAUUAUCCUACGUUUUUCAAUAUCAUAUGCUGUAUGGGUUUUAAACUUUGUUGCAGAUUAGUUUUGAUCUUUUUAACAUACAUAACCUCUAAAAUUGUAUGUGUUAUUUUUUUACUCAAAGUAUUUGCCUAAGCAAUUGCAUAUCAUGGAUAAACUCAAUUAUUGUUAUAAUAUCUAAUUUAGUUACGUUUACAGAUGAUUUUCUGAAUUUAUUAGAAGAAAUAUCAGAAUCUGACCCGGUAACGUGCCCAAAUUGUAAGCGUCAAUAUAGCGGGCGAGGGCGAAAAUAUAAUUUAAAAAAACAUUUGACAUUGGAAUGCGGCGUGGCACCUAUGUUCUCGUGUGCGAUAUGUUCCAGAAAAUUUAGCAGAAAUGAAAGUUUAAAACGGCAUUUAGUAACAGUGCAUAAGACACUUAAUAAUAUAUGCCAGUAAACGUUAAACGAGAAUACCUAUUUUUCGUUUUUUAAAAGCAUGUAUAGAUUUGUACUCAUAAUUCCAUUAUUAGUCCGAUGUAGAACUGCAAUAUUAUUUAUUAUUAAGUCCUGUUGAAUAUUAUUCAAUAUUGUAACAUAUAAUAUUAAACUUUCACUCUAUACAAUUACAUUAUAUUAAAUUAAUUAUUUUCAUUUUUACUUUAUUCAAAUUUGUAAUAUGUUUAUAAUCUCGUAUAUAUACCACCUGUGCAUUUUCAAUAGUAAUAAAACUAUUGUGCCGUUUGUUUGAUUUUAAGUAAUACUUAUUAUUCGUGUGGUUUUACAUGCGAUUACCGUCUGAAGUGUUCUCCAAAAUAAGCAUUUAUAUUAUACCGGUUAUUUAUACGUUUAAUAAUGUACGUUUUGUUUGAAUUUUCAGGUUUACGAGAGGAUAAGAAAAUUACCAAAAAAAAAAAAAAAAUUGAACAAAUUGCGGUUGUCAUUUUAGCAGAUGAGAACAAACGAUAGUUUAAAAUAAACAUUGAAGACCACAUUUGAUAUGCACCAAAAAUCCGAUGUUUUCGUACGCGAUAUUUUCAAGAAGAUUAACUAAAAACGAAAGUUUAAAACGACAUUUAGGAAUGGUUCAUAAAAUAUUUGAUUACUAUUGGGCAUCUUUAGGUACAUUGAACGUAAAAUCGGGACGCAAUUUUUUUUUUUUUAUAUAAGGGACAAAAUGACGUAUAUAUGCUGCUAGGAUUUAUUUUCCGGUUACUUAUUUAUCAUCUGAAAUAUAAAAUCUGUUUGCAUGAUUAUAGUGUCUUUUUGUAAUAUACGAGUAUUUUUAAUAUCAUUGAUUAUACAAUAAACAAAUCACAUGCAAUAAAUUUAGUUACUAUAACCGGUUCGAUGCAGCCGAUCUGAAGCGCUAGAGUCGUCGCCAUUAAUUCUCACCGUAUUACCUACUGCAUUUGGACUGUGUAAUACAUUUCGAUAUAUUAUUUUAUUAUACUCAAAUAAUUCCUUUAGUUUCUUUUUUUAAUGCUGAAUCCUUGUUUAAAGUAAUAAUCGCCUAAAUCAAUUGCAUAAUCAACGCAUAUUCUAUAUAUUAAUUAUUCAUGCAUUCAUUUUAUUUUGAUUAUACGUUUACAGGUUUAUCGGGAAAUUUCCCAACGCUACCCGACCUAGUCGUGUGUCCGAACGGUUGUGGCCGUCACUAUGUUGGUUCGUUUUCUAAGUAUAAUUUGAAAAAACAUUUAACAUUCGAAUGCGGCGUGGAGCCUAAAUUCUCGUGUGCGAUAUGCUUAAGAAGAUUUACUAGAAAAGAAGGCUUAAAACGACAUUUAACAAUGGUGCAUCGAAUGGUUAAUCACUGUGCAUACACAUUAUUCCGGAGUUCUGAUGAUAAGUCUUAG